GCAUGCACUGUACUAUUGGCUGUAGUUGAACAUCAUACGUGGACAACAAUAAAACAAUUGUCUUCUAAUCGUAUUCCCACUGCAGCCUUCAUGUAGUUGGAAGGAGAAGGAAAGCCUGUGUCCUUUGUUCAAGUGGUCGAAUGGCCCUUCUCCCAGUCCACAGAGUUCCUAGUGGGAGAACUGGUCGUCAUGGGCGAGAGAAAGUCAUUUUGUUGGCAAUCUUUGUCUUGUUCACUUUUGUAUGUUUUGGUGCAUUCUUCUUCGUUCCGGACUUUCGUGAUAAGCUGACGGUAACCUCCGCUGUAGAAAACCCUGUUCAAGCUUUUGUGAAUCAACAUGUCCAGCAAGUUGUGGCUCCUGUUCCUCGUCACGGUGAUCAGGGGCACCCUCACGCACCAGCAGUGGCGAAUAAUGGAGAAAACACACGGCCAGUUCGGACUGCUGUGCCGCCGCCUCAAGAGGACAAAGUAGCUGAAACUAAAGCUCAGGUCACCACUGAAGCCCCUCGGACGGAAGAGGUCACAACUAAACCAAAGAAGCCCGAACCAACAAAACCAGCAUUGGACGAGGAGACAAUAAGAAGGCGUAAAUCAAUUGUUGAGAUGGCCAAGCACGCAUGGCGCGGCUAUGAGCAAUUCGCCUGGGGCCAGAACGAGUUGAAACCCAUCAGCCGUGUUGGUCACUCGGCAUCCAUUUUCGGUUCAUCCUCCAUGGGUGCAACGAUAGUAGACUCGCUGGAUACCUUGUACAUCAUGGGUCUAACGGACGAGUUCAAGAAAGCACGUGACUGGGUUGCAGCUAAUCUGAACUUCAAUUCGGGCACGCAAGUCUCUGUGUUUGAGGUUACUAUUCGAUUCCUUGGCGGUUUGUUGAGCUCGUACGCACUGACAAAGGAUGAGGUCUUCAAAACAAAAGCGAUUGAGAUAGGUCAGAAGUUGUUGCCAGCAUUCAACACCCCGAGUGGCCUCUCGUAUGCACAAGUCGACCUUCGGACUGGUUCUGGUCGCAACUGGAACUGGGCCAGUGGUGGCUGCUCUAUUCUUGCUGAAGUUGGUACAAUGCACUUGGAGUUUGCCUACUUGUCUGCUAUCACUGGCAACCCAGAGUUCCUUCAAAAGGUUGAGCGUGUGCGUGACAUUCUUCAACAAGCUGACAAGCCCAACGGCCUCUACUACAACUACAUCCACCCAUCAACUAAGGCCUGGUGUCAAAGACAUGUUUCGAUGGGCGCGUUGGGCGAUAGUUUCUACGAGUAUCUACUCAAGUCCUACAUUCAAACCAAUGGUACGGACAAGCGGGCAAGGAAGAUGUACGAUGACGCCAUGAAGGCACUGGAGCCACUGAUUAUCACAUCCACGGGUGAUCACCUCAUGUUCAUCGCGGAGAAGAGAGAGCCAUCCGUACAGAACAAGAUGGAUCACUUGGCUUGUUUCUCUGCUGGCAUGCUUGCACUGGGCAAGAAAGGCGCGCCGGAAGAGCUGCAGAAGAAAUACGAUGUCUGGAGCAAGGGCAUCGUGAACACGUGUCACGAGUCCUACGACAGAACAGCAACAAAGAUUGGUCCUGAAAGUUUCUACUUUGACAGCCGGGAUGCAACUGCCACCAACCCCCGGCAACGCUAUUAUAUCCUACGGCCCGAGGUUAUUGAAGGCUACUUCUACAUGUGGCGUCUAACGAAGGAUCCCAAAUAUCGGGAAUGGGGCUGGGAAGCAGCCCAGGCAAUUGAGAAGAACUGCCGUGUAGAAAACGGCUACAGUGGUAUCCGUGACGUCAACUCUGUGCCGGCCCAGCACGAUGAUGUACAGCAGUCGUUCUUCAUUGCCGAAACGCUCAAGUAUCUCUUUUUGCUAUUUAGUGAUGACGACGUGAUAGCGCUGGACCAGUGGGUGCUGAACACAGAAGCGCAUCCACUACCUGUGCUAAGCAAGCUACCGACAUGAUGAUCUCCCACUGUGUUAGUACAUCUAGUUGAUAUCUAUAUGGAGAAAAUUCAAUACUCGAAAUGUUCUGACUCUUACCUUUUUUUCACAUAGGUUUGUCUGACUGCUGGACAGUUUGGCUAUCUGUAUGCCAUGCAUCUUUCCUGCCAUCCCCAUCUUUCCUGCAACUCUCUCUGUUCCUCACAGUCCCGAGCGAUAUUGUCCGUGGUGUGUCUUUGUUCUUUCGUCGAUGUGCCCCCUGGCUUGCUAGUACGAGCCGGCGAUUUUAUCUGUUCUGUUGUAGAGAGAGAGCUGUGUUAUUUGAUAAGUUUGUGUGCGUGUGUGUAACGUUAUGUAUGUGUGCGUGUGUGUAACGUUAUGUAUGUGUUCGUGAUGUGGGUGUCAUGUGCUAUAUCUGUCACGCACACAUAUGCUCAGAAUCAAUUUGUACAUAAAAGUGAAAGUGCUUGCCUCGCGUUCUGCGUAUGUUGCGGGCCAGUGGUCGGAGGGCUGCCCUCUGGACAUUGCCCGUCUUGUCCUGCGUCAUUUAUGGUGUGUGCCUGAGUGUGUGCCUCCAUCGUGUGUGCCUAUGUGUCCGUGUCUGUCCAGGUGCGUGCCUGUGUGUGCGCCCAUCACUAAUCGGCAGCCAUUGCCCGAUUAUUUGCACAUAUUGAGUGAUUUCUUUUGCCAUUUCAUUAUUUUCAUGUGAACUCACUUAUCGGCAUGGUACUAGGUGGUUAGUACUCUUUUCCUGUGAUCAUACUGCUCUUCAUCUCAAAACCAACUAAUUCUUUUUCAGCUGAUGUCGAUACUGACUACACUACAAUUGUAGCUGUACGACAAAAACGCUUACAACAAGAAAACAACAAAUUUCAAGCUCUUUA